AUGGCGACAAGUCCCCGGGAGAGGGGCUUAGCAAAUUCUGCGAUCGAGCUGCCCGGUGAGUGCACCGACCGGAAUCCCGGCCAUCAAGCAGGCUUGAAGAAUCGUUUGCCGGAGUCUGCCGACCUCUCAAAGUCACCGCAAAGCCAGAAGCCAGCGACCCCAUCUGCCGGAUUUCAGAAGCUUUCGUGCUGCUGUGCGGCUCUUCGAUCACUGGCUCUUCGUGUGCUGGGCAGAUCUGCCAAGUCGUUCAGCGAAUUAGCCUUUCAUUCAAUAGGCCCGAAGGCCGAUGUGACACCGCUGCAAAGCAAAGUCGCAGAUGUGAUCGACUUUCAGUUGAAGCGAUACUUGCAGGAUCGCUGCGUCGGUGGGAAGUCCACACUGCACCGAAUGGCUGAGAAUUCCGCAAUCACCUUCAGCCUCCUUCUUGUGCUUCCCGUGCUCAGCUUCCUUGUUUGUGCGCUCAUCCCGAUGGAACCAACCCAAUCUGGGUUUUGGGCCAAUUGGAAGUUUAAUCUUUUGGCCCACCCUGUUCUCAACUAUGUUAUCGCAAGAGGGCAACUCGAGUGUAUGAGUCGUGCAUUCAGCCGUGAAGACCGCAGCCGCAUUCGAUGGAUUGUGCGCAUGGCGCCGCUGGCCGACUCUGUCUAUUGCCUCCUGGCCCACCUGAUCGCGUCAUUCGCGGGCGUGUAUCCCAUUCCUUUCGCUCCGGCCCUCUCCUGCAUUCCUGGUCUUUGGUGCUCUAUGGCCCUGUACUGGCGACUGCUGCCACAGGAGAUACUUUCACCGGAGGCCCGCCUGUUCAUGAAGUUCAACUUCUUCAACUGGGGUUCCUGGCUCUCACAGUUCGCCAUUUUAGUGGUUUGGAUGGCGCGCUUUCCAACCAUCUCGGAGCACUUCCAGGCACUCAGCGCUUUCGGAGUCGUUCUCCUAGUCUCAUUCCUCGGAUGGCUUACGCAGAAAUGCGCGGAUUGCUGGGGACUCUCCAAGUACCUACUAAAGGACAUCAAGCUGUGCAUAUUCUUCGUCAGCCUCUUCUGCUCCGCGAGUCUGAUGUCGAAGACGAAGAACAUUGGAGUGGUUCUCGUGAUCACCAUGCUGGAUGCAGGCAAAGCGCUCGCGCUCUUGGCACAGCUGCUCUGGGAUCUUCUUCAGGCUCUCGAGGUAGAGGAUGGCAUCUACGGUUCAUCUGACCGGGAUCCCGCAGUGGCCACUUCAGGCCAACAGGUGUUGGGACUGCACAGUUGGCAGAAGGUCCAGCACAAGCUCGGAGUUGCAAGAAGGGUGGGCCAGAGGUUGCGAGGAGCUCUAACCCGGAUAGAGAGUGGAACAGAUAAAGAUAUGCAAACUGCCGACAUUUCUCCUGCAGACGCACGGCUGUUGAAGAUUUUGACACACUGUUUGGCUACUUUGGCUGUCAUGGAGCUCUGCGAGCUCUUCGUUCCAGUGUUUUACAUGAUGAUGUCAUCUCUUCUUCGGGCGGUGGAAGGCAAUCGGACUUAUUUCCUGCAAUUUCGGCAGGAGACCACUGCAGAGUUCCACGAUGGCUUAGUGGGCAAUUCCAUCGCUGUAGCUAUCGAGGCUGUCGUGUUCCUCGGCAUGCAGGCUUUGCUGCUCCGCAUCUUCGGAAUCAACCUCUGGGAGUUUGCAGGUACCAUGAUUCGCCUCGACUACUCCUUCUAUGCGUUUGCAAUGUCGUGCUGCUUCAUCACUUUCCUGGCCAUCACGAUCGAGCAUUUCGGGAGCUGGGGGCUCAUGAGUUUGGUGACCGAGAAGGUGGCUGGGGGUUGA